GUUUCAGACACUGGCUUGCAUUCUGCGCGUUGUGUCCUGCGCUCUACUCUCUGCACACUCACACUCGCAACUGCAGACCAAACCGUGCUUCCUACUGCACCUGCUGCACUUGCACUCACUACACCUGGUCGGAUUCUCGAUUCUCUCAUUCCCUCCCCCAUAUUUCCAUUUCCCUAUUCACCAAAUGUCAAUAUAAUCAAUCAACCUCUCAUCCCCAUUCGGCUUCCUCACUUCUUGCUCAGCUCCAUUCAAUCCUCCUCCUUCACGGUUGAGGUUCUCCUCUACUUCUCCCUCUGCCUCGCCGCCGUCGUCCUUGCAUCAUCUACUGUUGCAUCCCCGAAUUCCUUUUCACUCCCACACCACCUUCACUUGUUCCGUCUCGCCACGUAAAUCGGCCUUUGAAUCAACAUAUCAAUGGCAGAAGUCUCAUCCCGCGGAAGCGGGACUAGAGGUCGCGGUGGUUUUAGAGGAGGCAGAGGUGGUUUUCGAGGUGGAAGAACCACAUUCAGGUCACAACACAAACAAGAAAACGAGCAGGAGAAUAUUCCUCCCACGUCUCUGGACGAUCAGGGCGAAAUUGGCGAGCUCAAGCGACAGUUUGGUGACAAAGUUCCUUUACUCAGAGACAUCUUGCCUGGAUGGAGCGACGAGGAUCUGGUUUUUGCCCUUCAAGAAACAGACGGCGAUGUCAACGCUGCUGUCGACCGCAUCUCAUCUGGUACGAUUUCCCAGUGGGGUGAAGUGAAGAAGAAACAACCAAAGUCCAAAGAAUCCACCACCGCCAGCACCGAUCCUGCCUCUCGAGGCCGAGGACGAGCAAAUGCCGACGGUCGAGGUCGAGGUCGUGCUGUAGAUCGCGGUGGUGCUAGAGGUGCUCGCUCUGCAAAACCUGUAACUCACACAAAUGGUACAAAGACUUCAAAGCCAUCCGACGACUGGGACACUCCCGCACCCCCCACCGAAGCUAAUGGUGCUUGGGGUUCUGUACCCCCCAACGGCGAUGCUCCCACCACUACCACAGACGAUUGGACUCACGAACCCGGCAAGGAUGCUCUCGCUUCUUUACAGACCGAUGAACCAAAACCUGCUGCCAGUGCCCUUCCCGCCACAGCGAAACCUGGCGGCUGGGCUGGCUUGUUCGCCAAACCGCCCCCUCCACCCGCUCCCGCUCCUCAAAGACCUCCCCCGACUACCUCUGCCCCUGCUCCACUUCAAAAUGAACCGUCAGCCUUUGACGCCGUUCCCGCCAUCGAAGACCCUGCCUCUGUCGAGCCUGCGAUCCCCCCUCCCAUCGAAGCCGAACUCAGUGAGGAAGGUCCUAGUGAAUUACCCUCAGCUCCUCAUUCGGACACUGGCAAAGACCUCGUACCUUCUUCCCAGGACGAGCUGACAGAGAAGAAUCUUGGACGUUUGCCAGAUUCCUCCCAUCCGCCUCCUUCUGCUACCGCUGCAAGCACCGUGGCAAGUACGCAGGAUCCCCUCACCGCCGUUGAAUCGACCAAACCAGUCCCUCGAGCUGGCUUGUCUGGCUAUGCCACGACAGCUUUGAAAGCAACAGGUGGAGCUGGUCGUUCAGCCAGCCACGGAAGAAAGCACAUUGAACAACAGGAAGCUGUUAUCAUGCCUGGCAAUCUUGGUAUUGAAAAAGCCGCCGUUCAGUUUGGAAAAUUAGGAAUUGGCGCAGACGAUGUCGACGUCGAUGAAGAGCGCGAAGAACCAGAAACCCGGACUCAGCUGCCCGAUGAUUCACCCAGCGCUCCUCGAGCUUCCCUACCCCCCUCUCUUUCCGAAAGUCUGCAGCCUGCAGCCGUGGCUCCCACACAAGUCCCCGGUGACAUUCAAGCCGCUCCACGACACGCUCCGGGUCUGCCUCCUGCCUCCCAACAAAAUCAACCCAACUCCCAAUCUCCUGGUGCCUACACCGAACAAUAUCGUUAUGGACAAGGCCAGAAGCCAUACGAUCCAUUUGGACAGCAAGUGCCGAGCGGUCAGGCACAAGAACCGUUUUCGAAUCAAGUGCCUCACCAACCAUCUGCAUCUGGCUCUUCGACCGGUCCCAUCUCGCAGGCCGAUUACUCGGCGUACUAUGGCCGUGACGCAUAUUAUUACGGUUAUGGUCAGGAUGCUCACCGUGCAGGAAGCGCAUUUGGAACAUCAGCGCCCGAUAUCCAGGGUCAGUAUGCCACGAGUCGCCCCGGUCAAGUAACAGCUGGACAACAAGAGACCCAAGGCAGCGGCAACAAUACUCCCGCUCCUGGUGUCCCCAACCCCCAAGCCCAACCUUCGGCCCAUCUGCAGAGUCAAAGUCACUAUCCGUAUGGCUAUCCCAACGCCUACAGUCAGCAGUAUCCACAGUACUCGUCGUACUUCAACCAGGCUCAAGCUCAGGCCCAGGCCCAGGCAAAUCAUCGCUAUGGCGCUAAUCGACCAAUGUUUGACGACGUUCGCAGGCAAGACAGCGAUUACUAUGCAGGCCAACAGUACAAUUAUGGAGGCCACGGACAAAAUCAUUACGGUGGCAGUGCCUACAAGUAUGGUCAACCUCAACAAGGUUACGGCUAUGAGCAUUCAGCAUCACCAGCCAAUAUCGGCUCACUCGGACGCGACGGAACGUAUGGCCGUACGGGAUCAGCUCAACCAUCAGAUACGCAACCAUCAAUCAGUGGCAGCACACCAUUCGGUAGCGGAGCAGACCCUUUCGGGCGAAGCUCUUCGGGCUUCAGCCAGAGUCAGAAUCUUCAACAACAUGGUUCUCACCAGGGCAGUGAAGAUCCGAGCAAGGCAGCAGGCCCUAGCCCGUCGUUGCAAGGCGGCCGUCCAGCAUCUGCGGUCAACAACACCCCGGGUCAGCAAGCCGGACUGCCGCAGUCGCAGCAUUCGGCGCAGCAAGGCUUUGGCGGCUAUCCUCAGUAUGGUGGUAAUCUAGGUACUGGUCACCAAGGCGGUCAUCAAAACAGUGGUUAUGGAGGGUAUGGUUCGAAUACUGGAUUUGGAACAUACGGUGGAUAUGGAGGCGCCCGAGGAUGGAAUGGUAGUCACGGUUCAGGCCAUUAGGCAUGAGUGUGGUGCUCGAUAUUACGUUGGGGUUGGAAGGACUCUCUUUUUGCCAUGAAAUUGUGGCCCAAAACAAUGACGAAAAGUUGUGAGCUACAGGCGACAUCAUCAACCUUGAUUUUUUAUCACGCGGGGGAGAGUUUUCGGAAACCGAUUCUCCUUGUCUGUAAUUGCAUGUAUAAGUACACCACAGCCAUCAGGUUCCACGGAGGGAGCAGAAAUUGUGACCAAAAACGGGGUGGAGAAACGGGAGGGAGGGAAGACAUGGACUCGCAGGUGGGAUUACAAGCGAUGGAUGGACAGAUCUCAAUCAAUCCUAUCCUUCUGGAAAGCAGAAGACGUGGUGGGCUUGUCUCCCAUCACAUUCACAGUAUCUGAAUGUGAAACCUUUGCACUCUUGUUACAUGAUUUU